AUGAAUAAGCCCUCACCGCCCAACCAGCAGCGUCUGAUGAUCCUCGGCGGCUCUGCCGUUGCUCUCGCCGUCGCUGCGAUGUAUUACAUGCGGUCGGAGAAGACUGCCACUGCCAAAAAGGAGGAUGCGAAUCCGGUGGCGAAGUCUGACGUCCGGCAGAAGGCCGGCUCCUCAGAAUCUAAAUGA